UCCGCCGCAGCUCUGUUGCGUCCCGCCGCGCUGACCCCCGGCUCCACCGACACGACCGCGGAGGGAACUAUAUGACUGAGGAGCGGGGGCUUAACCGCUGUCUGUGUGUGUGUUAGUGCGUGUCUGUGUGUGUGUGUGUGUGUGUGUGUGUGUGUGUGUGUGGACCGCGCACCGGCUGACUGACCGAGGUCAAGGUGGGAGGUUCGGCCGUAAACAGUUGGAGGGAUGCUGCAGCCUGACAGCCAAUUUACCGCCCGGUGUUGUUCCUGAGAGGACCUGAGUGUGAGCAGCUCUGCCGGCACAGGCCUGACCAUGUCCACUGGAGCAAGAUCAUGACUUCUCUCAACGAGUCAGACGAGACCCCCCUCCCUUCCUUCCCUGUCUCCUCCCUUGAGCACAAUUUCUCCGUCUUUGUCACCCAUGACCCUUCAUACUCCCCCAUAUCCUUCCCCACCUCCUCCCCCUCCUCGCUGACGUCCUCUAACUGCACCAGCUCUCCGUCAGCCUCCUCUCCUCCAUACAACUUCUACGCGGUGCUGCUGGUGCUCCUCAUCUUCUGCGUGGUGUUCGGUAACGUGCUGGUGUGCGUGGCGGUGUCGCGGGAGCGCGCUCUGCAGACCACCACCAACUACCUCAUCGUCUCGCUGGCUGUGUCCGACCUGCUGCUGGCCACACUGGUCAUGCCCUGGGGCGUCUACCUGGAGGUGGUGGGAGAGUGGCACUUCAGCCUCAUCCACUGUGACAUCCUGCUUACCCUCGACGUCAUGAUGUGCACCGCCAGCAUCCUCAACCUCUGCGCCAUCAGCAUCGACAGAUACACAGCAGUGGCCAUGCCGAUGCUCUACAACACCAGAUACAGUUCCAGGAGGAGGGUGGCAGUGAUGAUUGCCGUGGUGUGGUUCCUCUCUUUUGCCAUCUCCUGUCCUUUGCUGUUUGGACUCAACAACACAGCCAGCCGGGAGGGAACCACAUGCAGCUUUGCCGAUCCAGCCUUUGUGGUGUACUCAUCUGUGGCCUCCUUCUACGUUCCCUUCAUCGUAACGUUGCUGGUGUAUGCGCAGAUCUGUGUGGUGCUGCGCAAACGAGGCAGACGCACCGCCCCACCACGCAGACACAGCUUGCACGCACAGAGCGUGGCUGAGGGGGGAGAGGGUCAUCGACACAGGAAGAAUAAGUGCACACAACCAGAGGAUGUGAAGUUGUGCACCCUGAUCCUGAGGCCCACCACAGCAGGCCCACAGCGCAAGAAAGUGACCCUGGUGAAGGAGGCGAUGGUUCACCCCCUCGGAGUGGAGCCGGGUCAGUUCCUGCCCCAGACCGAGCAGAGCCUGGCUCCUCCUCCCGCUCCCCAAACCUCCUCCCACCCAGGACGGGCCAGGAUCUCCCUGGCCAUCUCAGUUGGACCCGCCCCGGUUCUUCCCUCCACCGUGACGAAAUCGGCCCUGAUGCCUCGCCCACCCACCCUCGAGGACGGCAUGAGGGGCCGCGAGGGAUGGAGGGAGCGCAGCGGAGGGAGAGAGAAAUGGGGGAUCACCAAGGAGAGGGUGAGAGGGAGGCUGUCGCAGCAGAAGGAGCGGAAGGCGACACAAAUGCUCGCUAUUGUGCUUGGUGUGUUCAUCAUCUGCUGGCUGCCUUUCUUCCUGACCCAUGUGCUGAAGGCCCACUGCAGGAGCUGCUGUAUCUCGCCCUCACUGUACAGCGCCGUCACCUGGCUUGGAUACCUCAACAGUGCUGUCAACCCUGUCAUCUACACCACUUUCAACAUCGAGUUUCGCAAAGCCUUCAUCAAGAUCCUGCACUGCUGAGAGCUGGAGAAAUGAGAGGCAACAACUGUCAAGGGAAAAAAAAAAGAAGCCAGACGUUGGUUUGAGAUGCGAGGUGAGAAAAACAAGGAGAGAAGAAGUAGUUGUCAGUUUUGGUACACAGGAAGGAGGGAGGGUGGGGCAAUAGAUUGGAUGAAUGAUGAGUUAGUGGUAAAAGCUUCCUGGGAAAUUAAAGACGAGAGAAAUGUAACCGGCAGUCUAGACGAGACUGAAGACAGUAAACAUGGCAUACAGAGGGAAUAAAGACAGGCUAAGACAGAACCAGACAAUCACAAUGAGAGAGUGUGUGACAAGUAAAAGACAGCUGUGAGCACAGAACCAAGACUGGAGACAUUUAUGGAAGACACCCACUGUGUUGUACAUACAGUCUGAGAGGGGAAUAUAUGUGAGGACUGAUCUCUCCGCAGCAUCCAGACUGACAGACUCCCUAAGACGUGACUGUUUUUCCAAUACUUGCUGUGUCAGACUUCUGCUGUUGUAUUUUACUGUAUUUUACUGUGAUCGCAAACAGCAUCUUGUUAUUUGUUCACAUGUGCUCGUCUUUCUCAGAGGACUGGGAGAGCUCUCAUAGCCAUGGCUCGAUCCUUUUUCACACUCUUUGAAAACCUGAAGUUACAUAAAGAAAGAAUUAUUGAUUUGGUUAUUAAUCGAACAUACAGCAUCAGCAGACAGUGAAGAGGGUGCUCAUUUCAUUUAAUGUGUCCACUUUUUGCUUUCAAUAAGUGUGCAUACAUGUGGAAUUUGGUGUUGUAAAUAAUUUUACAGACUGAGAGGAGGCAUCACAAGUAUUGUACAAACCACUAAUAAUAAUAAAC